AUGGAUGCAUUCUCAAUUUCAUAUUCAAGCGAUGCUGAAAAGCAAGCCUCUUACAUGUAUCAGGAUCUGCACAGUCUAUACUCACACAAUGCGAUAGAGAAAACAUCUUUCCAGAUUCCGCCUGCGAUGUGGCAACAAUCAGACACGAAUAAUCAACACCAAAGAAAUUUCGACCCCGGGCUGUCACCUCACAUUGGCAUUAUCGGGGCCGGACUUGCCGGGCUGAGAUGCGCUGACAUUCUCCUUGAGAGGGGAUUCAAAGUCACCAUCAUCGAGGGCAGGAAUCGUGUCGGUGGAAGAUGUCACCAAGAAACGCUGUCCAACGGCCACAUGGUUGAUUUGGGUCCAAACUGGUUCCACGGCACCAAGAAAAACCCCCUGCUUGAAUUGGCAAAGAAGACCGGCACCGAGAUCGGAGAUCGGGACUCUAAGACGUGUGUCUAUGAUGAGGAUGGACAGCUGUUGUCCAACGAGGAGGCCAAGAAGUUUUCGACUUUGAUGUGGGAUAUUAUUGAGGAUGCGUUUAAAUUUUCCAACCGUUAUCACAAAGACAGCAUCGAUUCUUCAAAAAGUCUAGUGGACUUUUUCAAGGAGAAUGUCGUCAAGAGAAUCCCGGACACUGAGCCAGAUUAUGAGAGGCAAAGGUCCAUGGUGCUUAAGAUGUCAGACCUUUGGGGCGCCUUUGUUGGCUCCCACACCUCUACACAGAGCCUCAAAUUCUUUUGGCUGGAGGAGUGUAUCGAAGGAGAAAACCUCUUCUGCGCCGGCACCUACCACAAAAUCCUUGCAGAGGUUGCCAGGCCAGCUCUCGAGAAAGCCAGCAUCGAGUACGAAACUGUGGCAACAAAGAUUUACAGCAGAGACCCGAGCACCGGGACCGUCAGGGUUUCCACAUCCAGGGGUAGAGACUACGAAUUUGAUGAGCUUGUCAUCACUGCACCUCUGGGCUGGUUGAAGAAGAACCUAGACGCUUUUGAGCCACGCCUUCCCUUACGCUUAGAGAAAGCGUUCAAAAACAUCGGCUAUGGGGCGCUGGAAAAGGUCUACCUGAGUUUUCCAAAAGCAUUCUGGCUUGAACCUAACGCAAACGGCCAAGUUGUGGAUGGCUUUUGUCAAUGGUUGCGCCCGAACUACGCGCAAGACACAAACCCAGCGCGUUGGACGCAGGAAAUAGUCGAGCUCGCCUCCCUACCGGAGCCCACAUCACACCCAACACUGCUCUUUUACACGUCAGGUGAUGAGUCUAGACACAUCACCAGCACUCUCGAGUCGCUUUCUGGCUCAAAGGAAAAACAGCAGGAUUUCAUCUUCAACUUUCUCCAUCCGUACGUAUCCCUGCUGCCGCACUACGAUGCUCAAUCUCCAGACUGCCAGCCAACUGGAUAUCUGGCGACAUCGUGGCUCCAGGACGACCUGGCGGGGAACGGAAGCUACAGUAACUUCCAGGUCGGGUUGGAGAAUGGUGAUGAAGACAUUCGCGUGAUGAGGGAGGGCGUGCCGGACAGGGGAUUGUGGAUCGCAGGGGAGCACACAGCGUCGUUUCUCGAGCUUGCCACUGCCCCGGGUGCGUACUCGAGCGGUGAAUGGACUGCGCUUAAGGUUGUAAAGGCGUAUUCGCGAGGCGAGCUUCCCUCCGCGGGACGGGAAUAUCGAUUCAUCCUCCCCACCAAAUUCGGUGUACCUACGUCUGUCGUUAUUGCCAGUGCGUCAACAAGAAGCACACACCACGCCUCGUUUCUGUUAAAUCGAUCAUCCAGCGGCCGUUUCUCCCUCAUUGACAAACCUAAUUCGCGGUCUGCUAUCCACCCCGCCGAACCAAUGGCGCCCACUCAGGCGAAUUUCGCGCCAAGCUUGGAAAAGCUGCGCAAGUCACUCAAGUCACAGCCUCUCGAGUCUUCCAUUGAGGCCUUGAUAUCGCUACUCAAACGUCGCCAGGUCACCAGCCCGCAACAAUGCGCCGUUGCCACCGCCCACAUCCUCCUCCAAGUCGUCGCCCGCGGCAGGUGGAAGGAUGUCGAUCAGCUACUCGACAACGUCCAGCAGACUGGCCGCCGGCUCGGCAGUGCGCGCCCGAACGAGCUCGUCAUUGGUAACAUUACAAAGCGCGUGAUGGGCCUUAUCCGUGACGAAGCGAUGGAGGACCGCAACGCAGACGUUGACGACAGUGCUGCCCCUAGCCCAGCAAAGGGUGCCACCUCGUCCACACCGCCAGCUAUUCAGAGCACACCCAAGCUUCUGACCCGCCAGUCGACAUUUGCGCAGGCAUCGCCGCAUGUCACGGCACAGUCAAUAUUCAGCACGCUUCUAUCCGAGUCGACGGAUCCCAGCGUGGCCAGCGCCUCCCCGUUCAGGUAUUCUGGGACGUCAACGCCCCGGGGUGGCGGUGCAGGGCUGGCAAUCGGUGGGACUGUGGCCAACAUUGCCUCUCUGCGCAAUGAGGUUAUCGAGGGUAUUGAAGAGAUUCUGGACGAGAUAUCGCAGGCCGACGAUCAGAUAGCGGCGCUUGGAGACACAUAUAUCAACCCGGAAGACUACGUCAUGGUCUACAAACCCUCAUCAACGGUGGAGAAAUUCCUUGCGAGGGCAGCCAGGGAGAGGAAGUUCACGGUGCUGAUCGCAGGCGUUGAGGAGGAGGAACUUUGCUCGGGCUCUUCUACCGAAGCAGCCGACCCGUACGCCGCGUUGCGGAAGAAACUAGCAAGUCACAAGAUACCCGUCAUCAACCUGGUUGGCCCAGGAACGAUGGCAUAUUUCCCCCUCACGACCAAGGUCCUUCUCGACGUCAAAUCCAUUACGGCGAGUGGUGGCGUUCUGGUCGACGCCGGAGCCGGGCUAGUGGUGCGGGCUGCGCGUCAGUUCAACAGGCCGGUGUAUGCGCUUGCCGGUGUCUACAAGCUAUCGCCGGACGACCUUGAGGACCCGAAGCCUGUGCUUGAGUGGGGAAACCCGUCACCACACGCCGAUUUUGCCGACGGCGCCCUGCUGGAUGGGAUCGACAUUCGGACGCCGCUGAUUGAGUAUUUGGGCCCUGAAAUGAUCAGCGCCUAUAUCAGCAAUCUAGUCCCGCCUCUGAUGAGCUGGCCCAGCUCCAUACUGAAUCUUGGCUUACUUUUCAAUACUUUCGAGGGUUCUAAGGGCAUUCAUUGCCUAAGGCCAUCCGGCGACAUAAUGUCGUACAUAAGGGUCAGCAAUCGGGGGAGCCGGCAGAGGGCCAGCUUGGACGACAGCCCUCCUCCCCCUUACUCGGAAACCGACAUGUUUUCAACGUCGGGACCUCGAUCACCUUUGACGUCAGAAUUUCCAAAUUCAGCGAGCGGCUCGGUGCAAGACGCGCAGUCCACCACUGGCUGCUCCACCUCUACCGAGUCCGGCGAGGUGGUAUACACCCCGCCGCUGACACCGACGAGCCCAUCGGCCCACCAGUCAACCACCGGCAGCGAUGCCAUGAGCUUCAGCUCGAGCCUCCUGUCCGCGGCGGCCUUUUUCGAGUCCAGGCCGCCGACCGUCGCGACCCCCGGGCCGGGCAGCCAGAUCCUGCACACAGUCACGGUGGCGCCCGACACCACGCCGGACGACAUACCCUACCCGCCUUCACUCGCCGGCCGCGACGUCUCGGCCGAGGACUGGCAGACUUUUGUCAACUUCCUGCUGCCGGACCACGCGGCGCGGGCGAAUGAGGCCCUCGUCGACCGCAAGCUGAGGGCCGAGGGGGGAGACGGUGUCGGCAGCAGCGGCAGCUCUUCGUCCUCCAAUAGCACCAUCCACGCCGAGGCGCAGCUGGGGCAGAUCCUCACGCCGGGGACUAGCGUGUGCGAUGGCGGUGGCAUGAGGGACGAGACGGAGAGGACGGUGCGGGAGUGGAACGAGGGCUUCUUCGCGCCCAGGGGCGUCGCCAUCGUGCCGCAGUCCUCGCACGACGAUUACCUCGGCCCCUGGGAGUCGGCCAGCGCCAGCCGCAGCAGCAGGGGCAGGCGCGCGUCGGAAGCCCAAAAUGCGAGAGAAGACAGCCGCCCAACGGACAGCCCCGACACCGCUGACGCAGACACUCCGGCAAGCACACCCCGCCGCCGCGGAAACCACGAGCGGCAGGCAGGCACAGAACCCGACACCAACACCCUGGGCCUGCGCUUCGGCAGCCUCAAGCUUGGCGGGCUUCAGCUCGACAGCUCUGGCAUUAGGUUCGAUGGCCGGCCGCUCCUGCCGGGCCUGUCGGCCCUGCACGCGAGGGGUCGCGGCGCCCGGCACGGCUGCGGGCGCGGCCGCGGCCGCGAUUAUGGAAGCAGCUCCUCACCCGGCGUCUUCUUGCCGCUCCCGCCGCCGCCGCCCAGGCUGUCCCUGCCCAAGUGGCAGCACGACGCCGUCGGCGGCAGCAACAGCAGCAGCAGCAGCAGCAGCGGCGAGUCGACCGCGACGCCCGCGGGCACGCCGACGUGGGGUCCCGGCGUAGCGGCGGUGCCUCACGUGAUGCUCCCGAGAGGGUUUUACGAACCUGCGCCUCGGCACAAGCAUUUUGAGGAGGAGCAGCACGAGAGCGGCGGCGGCGGCGGCGGCGGCGGUCACCGCGGGAGGAGGCGGCACGGUCACGGCGAGACAGCAGCAGCAGCGCACGGUUCCGGGUCCAGGUCGCGAGGCUCGUCGGUGGCCAGCGCGCGGAGCGCCUCGUCGGCGUCGUCGGUCGACUCGAUCGAGAGCCUGCCGGCGUACGAGGAUCUCGCCGACGAGCAGAUCCCCGUCGCGAGGGAUCUGCUCCGGCGCUGGCUGGACAGCCCCGGGCGGGCCAUCACGCGCGAGAGCGCCAGGGUCAUGAACGAGGAGAUACGCUCCGCCGGCGCGAGGUCUGUGCCCGUGGAAUGCGGACGGUCGGGUGGUCGGCAGCAUGGGGCGGAGGAUGGGCAGGAGGCGCAACGGAAGGAAGAGCUCGCCGUUCUGCGUCGCGAGGUGCAGGAGAUGAGCACGCAGUGGAAGGCGGCCAAGCAAGUACAGAAACGAUCUUGGAGGGAAGAGAGGCGGGAGAGGCGCCGGAACAGGAGGGCGGAAUGGCGGGAACGGAGGGAGGCCAGGAGGGAGGUCAGGUCUGCGAAACGUGCGCUGAGGAGAGAGGCCAGGGACCUGAGAUGGGGGAGACGCCGGGAGGAUGGUCCGUUGGGUGGCGGCGGCGGCGGCGGCGUGGGCGUGGGCGAGCUCCUCGGCUUCGGAAGGCUGGUGGUACCCAUAUUGCAGCCGCCGCAUCUCCAAACUGUGCCGCCGGGCCCCUUUGCGCACUGCUGUGGACAUGAGAAGAGGGGAUAUGGGCUAUGA